AUGUACUUCAACGGCCGAAAGAGCAACAACCCACGCGGCGGGCAUGGCCAUCGCCGCGGCGGAGGCCGGCCUCACCCUGGCGACAACCGCGCACCCACCGGAGGUACCAAGGAUAGAGUCCAAUACUCCGAGUUUAUGCGUCUCCUGCGACGCGGCCCCGGCACCGGUCCUGCGUCUACCACGGCGCUACUUCUCUGGAAAUACGCCCUGCACAUACUCGACGGCGAUGACCAGGACAUGCAGCAACUCCUAGUCCGACAACUCGUAGACGACGACUUAGGCGGGUGGAAUUACAUGGCUAGCACUAUUGGGAUGUCGGAAGGGGAGAGCCCAACGAGCCUCGCGGCCGCCGUCGCUUUCCUCAAAGUCAUAACCCAUACUUCGCUGCUGGACCCCAUGUCCAUUGACUCCUUCGUCAGCCGCAUAUACAACUUCUUCGGCGGCGCCAACGCCGACCGCGCCCUGAACUUCGUCAGUCGCCUCUCCGACGUCGUCCCCGUCCACCACGGCGAAGCGAAGCUGGAAAUCGGGGAGACCACCCUCCUGAUGGCCAAUGCCAUGGCGCGCCUCUUCGAGAGAGUGCCCAAGAGCAUUUUCCACGAACGCGUGCUUCCGGUCCUCGACAAACUCGAAGACCUCGCGGGGACAGCGCCGCCCAGCGAGGAUGCGAGGGCGGCCAAGACGCGGAUAGCCUUUUCGCGAAAGACUGCCAAGAGGUACAGCAAAGUCCCCUCGCUCGACGACUCCGGUGGCGUGCCUUUGCACGGCAGCAUUUUCCCCAUGCAUCUCGAAACCCCGGGAGGGAAGCACGACAAUGACUUUGCCGACAUCGCCCAGAUCGCGAUCUUACCCACCGUCGGAGAGGUCCGAUGCGUCGACGUCGAAUGCCUACCGUCGACGGACCUGCGCCAACCUCACUUUCUCACGGACCCCGUUCAGCGUCACAUCGACUCCACCUUUCGCCUCCUCCGCCACGACAUUUUUGGGCCCGUGAAAGAUGUUAUCCGCGACCUGCUGGCCCAGGACGUCUCCAACCCGUCCGCAAAACUUAAGAUAUCCGUCGACUCCGGCGCACGAAUGUAUACCCAAGCCAGGGUCACGCAGGUCUUCGUAGAUCGCGGUGGGCUCGAGCUCGCCGUCUCUUUUUCUGUCCCGCCCCAGCUGCGCAAGAAGAGCGAGAAGGACCAGCGCGCGUGGUGGGACGAGUCCUCCCGACUGGAAGAGCAGUCUCUGGUGGCGUUCGUGCUGUCCCAGGGAGAUUUCAAGGCCUUUCUCUUCCUGGAAAUCACCGUCAAGCGGGCGGACAAGCCCAAGGACCACCAGAGGCAGAUUAGUCUCGUGACCAAAAACCAGCAGCCCAGCAUCGGGGCCAAGCUCGCGGCAUUUUCGCAGCCCAACCUCGAUCUCUUGUUCAGGGCGCACUCGGAGAAGCUGACGGGCGUGAUUGUGGAGUUUCACGGCCUCUUGCCCGCCACUUUCGCCCCGGUCCUUUCCAACCUGAAGCAGAUCCUCGACCCCAUUUCCAAAGUCAAGGGUCUGUCGAUCAAGCCCACGGCCGUUGCUGGCGGUGGCGGUGAUAUUGACUAUGCCGAAAUUGAGGACGCCACGGGUCUCGAUUUCGGGCAGUGCAAGGCUCGCCCGAUACUCGUCAUUUGUUAUACCAACCAUGCAUUGGACCAGUUCCUUAUGCAUCUCCUCGAGGCCGGCAUAAAAAGUAUUAUCCGAAUCGGCGGGCGCUGCCAAACACCCGAACUCGAGGGCCACAAUCUCCGCGCCAUCUGCCGCAAUGAGGCCAAGACCUUCACCGAGAGGAAAAUUAUCGGGGAGAGCCACGGGCGGCUGGAUGACGUGAGGGACACGGCGGGCUACCAGCUCAAGCCGCUUCAUCAGCUUCGGUCGGGACCAACGUGGGACAUUGUCCAAGGCCAUCUUAGAACUUUGUACCCCGAUAUCUACAAGCAGCUUCAGCCUGUGGACGAGGAAGGGUUCACGCGAGAGAUUGACAACGUGCACGAUGGCAUCAACCGCCGCGCCCUUCUCGGCGCUGAUGUUAUUGGCAUCACGACCUCGGGUCUCGCGCGCAACAUCAACAUGCUGCGCCACGUGCGCCCCAAGGUCGUCAUAUGCGAGGAGGCGGCCGAGGUCAUGGAGGCCCACAUCAUCUCCGCCUUCAUGCCGGGCGUCGAGCACCUGAUCCAGAUCGGAGACCACCGCCAGCUGCGCCCGCAGAUCAACAAUUACUCCCUCAGUAUGGAGAGCACGACGGGCCAAAAGUGGCAGCUGGAUCGAAGCCAGUUCGAAAGGAGGGCGAUGGGCGAGCCGGGAAUGGCGCCCGCGCCCGUGGCCCAGCUUGAUGUACAGAGGAGGAUGCGGCCUGAGAUCUCGCGGUUGAUCCGGACCGUCUACCCCAAACUACGGGAUCACGAGUCCGUGCGCAGCCAUCCCUCCGUCGCCGGCAUGCGCGAGAACCUGUUCUGGCUGCAUCAUACGCGCCCCGAGGAGUCGAGGGAUGAUGGCGCCCUGGUCAAGUCGCACAGUAAUAACUGGGAGGUGGGGAUGGCGGUCGCGCUGGCAAAACACUUGGUUCGGCAAGGAGAAUACUCCUCGACCGACAUCGCAAUGCUCACUCCGUACACCGGCCAACUAAGGAAGUUGAGGGCCGCUCUGAGUAAGGAUUUCGAGGUCGUGCUCGGCGAGCGAGACAUCGAGACCCUCGCCAAGGAGGACGUAGAAUCUGGGACAAACGGUUCCGCUCUCGAAAAGGACGCCGGACAAGGUAGGCGGCUCGAGAAGAAACAACUCUCGCGUGCGCUGCGUGUGGCGACGGUGGACAACUUCCAAGGCGAGGAGGCCAAGGUAAUCAUCGUAUCGCUCGUGCGCAGCAACCAAACCCGCAAAGUCGGCUUCCUCCGCACCGAGAACCGCAUCAACGUGCUCCUCAGCCGCGCCAAGCACGGCAUGUACCUCAUCGGCAACUCGGAAACGUAUAUGCACGUCGCCAUGUGGGAGGACGUGCGUUCCCAGCUCGCCGCCGUCGGCGCCGUCGACGAGGCGUUCCCGCUCUGCUGCCCGCGUCACCCCGGGACGGCGAUCCUGUGCGCGACGCCCGAGGAUUUCAUCCUCAGGAGCCCCGAGGGGGCUGCGAUCUCGCCUGCGACCAGAGGCUGGAGCCCUGCGGCCACCGCUGCUUUGCUCGCUGCCAUUCGGCGCUGCUGCACGACGCCGUGGUCUGCCACCAGCCGUGCCCGAGGAUUAGGGAGACGUGUAAUCACACGUGUCCCAAGUUCUGCGGCGAAACGUGCGGUCCCUGCCAGGUUCCCCUGCAACCAGACGCUGAAUCUUGCCAGGGUCGAGUGCCCCAUGCUUGUGAGCAAAAAGGUACCCAGGUGCGGGCAUGUGGUCCAGGUUCAGUGUGGUUUGGACGUCUCUCUGCCUGUUUUCGCCUGCACGGCACCGUGCACCAAGAUUUUGGGCUGCGGCGACAAGUGCCCCGGAUCCUGCGGCUCCGGCCGUUUGGAUCGUGCAGUCACCGAUGCACCCAAAGAUGUCACAAAGGCCAGUCGGAGUGUGGAUCCUGCGACAGCAAGUGUGAGGUCCGAUGCCCGCACUCGCUGUCCUUCCAAGUGCGGGAAAGGCUGCGUCCCGUGCAUCGAACCCUGCACUUGGUUCUGCGCACACCAAGGUGCCUGCACGAUGCCGUGCGCCGCGCCCUGUAAUCGGCUUCCGUGUGACAAGAGAUGCGAUAAGAUUCUCCCUUGCGGCCACCAAUGUCCGACUUACUGCGGCGAAGUGUGCCCAGUGGAUGCAAAGCUUUGCCAGGAGUGUGGUGACCGGGGAGACGCGCUGGUGGACUUUUACGAAGGCAAGACAUAUGCCGAGGUCGAUCUCAAUGAGACACCCAUUGUCUUUCUCUCCUGCAGGCAUUUCUACACCGGCAAUAACUUGGAUAUGCUCGUAAAACUCUCCGAAGUGUACUCCGAAGAUCCCACGACGGGCUCUUACACGGGUCUGCUUGACAUCUCAGGCAGCUUGGCGAGCCGCGUGCCGGCGUGCCCAGAGUGCCGAAGGCCCAUCCUACAGUUCACGACUAAGAGGUAUAACCGCGUCGUCAACAAGGCAGUGAUGGACGAGGCAAUGAAGCGAUUCUUUACCACCGGAACAGCCGAGUUGGAGGGGCUUCAAGACAAGUUUGACGCCUUGAUCAGACGUGCCAAGAAACAGAGGAAUAAGGCGCUGUCGAGCCAGGCGCGCGCGCAGGUCGUCACAGAUGGGUAUGAAAUUAAAGCUGCUGCCGAAACUUUGCGCAUACGGAUGGGCAAGGAACAUCAGCCAUCCAAGCAACUGCACGACGCGAUAGUGCUGAAGGCGAGGGAGGCUGUAGGGUUAUCACUGGAAGAGAGGAUGCAGAAUCUCAAUGUCUCGUCCGAUGCACAGGACGGGCGCGCCAACAGCGCCGUCUUCACGCCCGUUUUUGAUAAGCAGCUCGGUCUUAAGGCACACCUUAUUGAAAUCCAAACACGGGAGUUCAUCUUAUGCGAAGCGACUAGCAAAGAAUCAAAGGCUGCGUUGGUGUCCAAGAAGGUUGUGCCAGAGAGGGCGGAUCAGCUUCUCCUAGACUGCGAUGGACUGAUUGCAGAGUCGUUUGGCGCAAAUCUCCCGAGAGUACAGAUACCAGCAGCCCUUUCCUUUGCCAAGGUGACUUUGAUGCUUCCCAACGCCAAGCCGGAGUCACGAACAGUGGCAGCAACCAGAGUGUCGGAAGCGAUUGAUCUGUGCAGGACCCUUCCCAACGGAAAGGAGCUGAGCGCGCCGCUACUGGAAAUCAAGAGACUUCUCGACGGACCGGUAUACAACGAGGUGACGCCGGAAGAGCUUGCGGCGAUCAAAGAUGCCAUGGUGAGCGGGCCAAGAGGCAUCUCCACGCACUCGGGGCACUGGUAUAAUUGCGCCAACGGCCAUCCCUUUGCCAUUGGUGAGUGCGGGAGCGACGCGCGCUACGGAAAUGGAGUGAACUGA